AUGGGUCAAAUAGAGGAGCUUCCAGACGACUUCGACGAGCGCCUCAAUCUCAACGAACAGCCUCCAGCUACCGAGGUGCCUCCCAGCAAAAUCUACAAUGACGGCCCUUCUCCCGCCGUGGAAGAGACUCCCUUUCCGAUCAACGAAGAGAGAUUGAAGGAGGUCGAAAAUGACCCCAGGGCACCCAAGCUGCCGCCGGCCAUGGCGUCAGUUAAGUCGCAUACGUCGGAGGAGCUUUGGAGCAUGAUGAAUAAGACCCCGCUGUUCAUGACGGAUAUUAAUCAGGCGGGCGACGAAAAUGGUGAAAAUCCCAUGCUCGAUGCCCUCCAAGCACUCCAGAACGAAGGUACCCGUGGCGAAGUCGCCCAGAGCUACCGCGAGCAAGGCAACGAGGCAGCAAAAGAAAAGAGAUGGAUCGAUGCCAAGGAGUUCUAUACCAAGGCUCUUGCGGUGGUAACAAGUAAACUCGACAAGUGGGAUAAGCCGGAAGAUCCUAAAGAGGAGGAGAAGCUCCUGCGGCAGGUCGAGGAGGCCUCAUACAUCAACCGCGCCCUAUGCAAUCUGGAACUGAAAAAUUAUCGUUCUACCACCCUCGACUGCGCCUCUGUUCUCAGGCUCAACCCGAAGAAUAUUAAAGCUUAUUAUCGUUCCGCGAUGGCGCUUUAUGCACUCGACAAGCUUCCAGAGGCCGAAGAUGCCGCUUCGCGGGGUGUCGCCCUUGACCCCAGCAACAAGUCGCUCCAACAAGUGGCCGCCAAAAUUGCCGAUCGCAAGGCAACUCUGGAGCGUAUUGCGGCGCGAAAGAAGGCGGAGGAGGAACGGAUACAGAAGGAAAAGCUGAUUCUCAGUACUGCACUACGUGCCAGACAAAUCAGGACUCGCAAGACAGCGCAACCGCCGGACAUGGAGGAUGCACACAUUCGGCUGACUCCCGAUCCCUUGUCUCCCGAAAGUACCCUAGAGUUCCCGGCCGUGCUGCUGUACCACAUGGACGCCCAAUCAGACUUCAUUAAAACGUUCUCUGAGACGACAUCUAUUGGAGAUCACCUGGAGUACAUCUUCCCAUUGCCAUGGGACACCAAGCAGGAGUAUACGAUUAACAGCGUUGAUUGCUUCAUGGAAACCGUGACAGGGGGACUGAUCAAGGCCGGCAAGAAACUACCACUUCUGCAGAUCCUUAGCGGGGGCAAGGUUGAAGUAGUCGACGAGCUUGUCAGGAUCUACGUGAUACCGACCUCCAAGAGUGCAAAAUUCAUUGCCGAGAUGAAGGCCAGAAAAGAAGGCUGA